CUGAUUUUUGUGGAUGAUUUGUCUGCCGCAGUUUCGAUCUCUGGAUUGCCCGUGGAGCUGCAUUAGCGCGUUUGUCGACAUCGAUUUGCCGGAAUUUCUGUGUGUCUGCGCGUUUGUUGAGAUUUUUUGCGUCUUUAUUUAGUGAUAUUCUGGAGUAGAUUCAGGCGCUAGUGUAAUGGAGAAGGAGAGGAAAAAGUAUCCGAUUGGAGCAGAACAUUACACAUUGAUUGAGGAGGUAGGGACGGGAGUCAGCGCUUCGGUUCACCGUGCGCUGUGUAAAUCGCUCGACAACGAGAUUGUCGCCAUCAAAAUUCUCGACUUUGAGCGUACAAAUUGCGAUCUGAACAACGUUUCACGCGAAGCACAAACAAUGGUCCUUGUUGACCAUGCCAAUGUUUUAAAAUCGCACUGCUCCUUUGUCAGUGAUCACAAUUUGUGGGUCGUAAUGCCUUUUAUGGCUGGAGGCUCUUGCUUGCACAUCUUAAAGGCUGUACACCCUGAUGGUUUGGAGGAGGUUGUCAUUGCUACAAUCUUACGAGAGGUGUUGAGAGGCUUGGAAUAUCUUCAUCAACAUGGCCACAUUCAUCGGGAUGUCAAAGCUGGAAAUGUUCUUAUCGAUUCACGUGGUGGAAUCAAACUGGGAGAUUUUGGUGUCUCUGCUUAUUUGUUUGAUGCUGGUGACAGACAACGCAUGAGGAAUACUUUUGUGGGUACUCCAUGCUGGAUGGCACCUGAGGUUAUGGAGCAAUUGCAUGGUUAUGACUUCAAAGCUGAUAUUUGGUCUUUUGGCAUAACUGCUUUGGAGCUUGCGCACGGGCAUGCCCCUUUCUCAAAGUAUCCUCCAAUGAAGGUUUUGCUCAUGACAUUGCAAAAUGCACCACCUGGUCUAGAUUAUGAGAGAGACAAAAAGUUUUCUAAGUCCUUUAAGCAGAUGAUUGCGAGUUGUUUGGUGAAAGAUCCUACAAAAAGACCUUCUGCAAAGAAGUUGCUAAAACAUUCUUUUUUCAAGCAAGCAAGAUCUAAUGAUUAUAUUUGUAGAACUCUUCUGGAUGGUCUCCCAGAUCUUGGCGCUCGGCUUCAGGCUUUAAAGAGAAAGGAGGAAGAUAUGCUUGCACAAAAGAAAAUGCCAGAUGGACAAAAGGAGGAAAUAUCCCAGUGCGAAUAUAAACGAGGGAUUAGCGGCUGGAACUUCAACCUUGAUGAUAUGAAGGCUCAAGCUUCAUUGAUACAGGAUGAUGAUAUUAUUCCUCAGAAAGAUGAAGAAGUGCAAGUUAAACACUGUCAGGACCAGCCAUCCUUGGACAAAAGUUCAAAAGGAUUUCAACACCAGUUGUCCUUUGCUAGUCAAUAUUCUGAUCCUGCAGAUUCUGAUGAAAACACCCCUGCGUCUCUCUCAUCAGUGGACUCUUCAACUCACAUUGCUAAAUGUGAAAAAUCCGAUGAUGAUGGAUGUGCUCCUAGCUCAAUUCCGGAGCGGCCACCAAUGAAUGCUUCUCCUGGCAAUGAAAAGCACACAGAAAACAAAUUAGCAGAAAAGCUUGCCUCAGAUGUCAACGGAAAAUCAUUAGAUGGGGCUGCAUCAAGUAUUAAUCAAAGCGACAAAGUCCAAAAUCAAUGUCAAAACUUGUCAAGGGGGGCACACAACAAUCUGCAACCUUCAGAGGCACGGCAUGAGGCAAUAUCCAAAGGUUCAAAAACAGUAGUUAAUGGAGAUGAAAUGGAUGAGAAAGCCAAAAAUCCAGUUAUUCAGCAAAAAGGACGAUUUAAAGUUACAUCAGAAAGUAUUGAGACGGAUAAGAUGGCAGCAGCCCCUUUAAUGCAUAAAAGCCACAGCAUGCAGACGAUUGCUCAACUUCCAGCAAUGCCUUCAAGUUCUGAAGCUAGUCCGUCAAACCACCCUUACAGUCAUGCUCUUUUUUCCCAUCUGCAGAAUGUUCUACUUACAAACACUCUUCAAAGGGAUAAUAUACUUAGUGCAAUGAAGCAAAUUGCAGUUGGUGAUUUUCCAGAUGCAGCGACCUUGCCGAUGAACAUACAAUUGGCAGAAAAAUCCAUGCUGGAGGCUGCUCAUGAAAGAGAGAAGGACUUGAUUCGUGAGAUAACCGAGUUGCAAUGGAGGCUUGUACGUUGUCAAGAAGAGGCCCAAAAACAUAAAACUGAGAAUCAUGGGUGAACCAUUUAGUUACAGUCCGAUGGUAUGGUAUAUAUAGCUUUCCUAACAUAUAAAAGGACCACAGAUGCACUUGAUGAAAUUAUUACUACACAAAUUUGUAUCAUUCAUUUGAACCUGUGAUGGAAGGCUUCUUCUGGUUUAGCUACA